AUUAAAACCUCUUUGUCAUCCUCCCUCUCCCUCGGCCAUUGUGUCUUCAUUCCUCGCCAUUGGAAGGCUAUGGCGGUACCACAGAGUCGCUCCGUAUUGGUUCUUCUAGGAUUGUUAGGGAUUUUGAUCCUCGAUCUUCAUCGGGUGCAAGCCGAUUCGAUUCACGAUCUCCUUAAGAGCAGAGGAUUGCCCGUAGGCCUCCUUCCCAAGGCUGUGAAAUCGUACACUCUCGACGAUCAUGGCCGCCUGGAAGUCUUCCUCGAUCGCCCUUGUUUGACGAAAUUCGAGAGUAGAGUCUAUUUCGACAGCGUUGUAAAGGGUAAUCUCAGUUAUGGCGAGCUUACAGGACUUGAGGGUCUCUCCCAGGAAGAACUCUUCCUGUGGUUACCUGUCAAAGACAUCAUACUCGACGACCCAUCAUCGGGUGUCAUCUUGUUCGACAUUGGAGUCGCUCAUAAGCAGCUCUCACUUUCCCUCUUCGAAGAUCCUCCAGAAUGCAAGCCGGAAGCUCAAGGCACUCUGAGUCUUGGAUCAGGCGGUUGGCAGGAGGAUGAGAGAAAGGAAAAGGGAUUUGGAGUGGAGAUGAAACCACAAAUCCUUUGAGAUCUUACUGUUCUUUUAUUUUUAUUUAUAUUCUCUUAUUUUUUAUUAUUUUUAAUCGAGAGUAACUGUGGGUAGAUGUGAUUAAGAUGUAAAGAUCGGAACAAAAGAUUUUAAUGGAGGUUUUUUUUAUUUUUA